AUGUUUAAGUUGUAAUUCUUUAGUAUAAACAAGUUGUUUUCAUAAUACCACAAGUGCUUGUUUGGGCACAAAUCUGUUUGGCACAGACUGGGUGGGAUCAAAUGAAAGGUGAGGAGCAGCCAUCUUGGAUGUCCCUGUGCCUGGCAUAUUUACAUAUAAAGCAGCAAGUGGGAGUGCCAUUUUUUUAACAACAUGGAGUGUGAAGAACCAGCGAUUUCUCAGCCUUACUCUCUGGUGCUCUGGUGCUCCACUUUUCUAUACAGCCUGAUUUAAAUAGCAGAAGAACCCCAUUACUGGGGUGGUAAUGAAAAAGUCCCUGACAUGAUUGUGUACUAAGAGGUAAUAUGAGGAAGAUGGGAAUAUGGAUGAGGGAGAAAUUUGCUUAUGUUUGCAUUAUAAUAUUUGCUUUUUGACCUAAUAUGCAACCCAAAACACAAUGAUCCAAUGCAGUUGUCCAAUCUAUAUAUAUGCAUAAAGUGUGUGUACAUCAAGGACAAUUGUACACAAAAUGCAUAUGAUAGGGAAACUUUCAUAUAAAAAGGAAAACUUGCUUGCAGAAAUACUUGGGAAUUUUCAUACUGAAUGUUUAGAAAAUUCCAACUGAUAUGAAAAUAAGAUGGAUGCAAACAUUAUAGAAAAACAGAAAAGAUGCAAACAUUAUAGAAAGACAACUUCCUUUAUGCAUUCAAUCCAUCUCAUAUUUGGCCUUCCUUUUCUUCAUCUGCCUUCGACUUGCCAUAACAUGAUUGUCUUCUCCAGCAAGUCCUGCCUACUCAUGAUUUGUCCAAAUAUGAAAACCUCAGUUUUAUCAUUUUUGCUUCUAGGGAAAGCACUGGCUUGAUUUGAUCUAGGAUCCCCUUGUUUGUUUUUCUGUCAGUCCAGGAUGUCUGCAAAGAUCUCCUCCAGGACCAUGUUUCAAAUGCUUCAAUUUUCUUCCUGUCAGCCUUCUUCACUGUGCAGCUUGCACAUCCAUACUUAGUGAUCAGGAAUGCCUUGGUCUCCAGUGAAAGAAGGCAUCCUGCAAAACUGCUGCGAAGCGUACAAUGUUGGGCUCCAAGGAGUAAAAGUAUUUUCUGGACCCUCGAGUGAGCAAUUUGGAUACACAGUGAAGCAGCUUUUAAAUGAAGAAGGGAAAUGGUUACUUGUUGCUUCACCUUGGAGUGGAUAUCCAAAAAAUAGAAUGGGAGACAUAUAUAAAUGUGCAGUCAAUCAACAGGAGACCACAUGUUCAAGGAUGAAUUUACAAACUUUCGCAAGCAUUCCAAAUGUUACUGAGAUAAAGAAGGAAAUGAAUCUAGGAUUAACCCUAGCAAGAAACUCAAUAACAGGAGGAUUUUUGACAUGUGGUCCUUUGUGGGCACAACAGUGUGGAAGCCAGUACUACGCGACAGGAAUCUGUUCUGAGUUUAAUCAAAGGUUCCAGUUCCUGAGAAGUUUUUCACCUGCUGUGCAAAAAUGUUCUCCAGCCGUAGAUAUGGUGGUGGUAUGUGAUGAGUCCAACAGUAUUUAUCCUUGGGAAGAUGUACAGGCAUUUUUGAAAAAAUUUGCCCAAGGUUUAGAUAUAGGCCCUACAAAAACACAGCUAGGCUUAAUACAGUAUGGUAAUGACCCACGAGUAGUGUUUAACCUGAAUACAUACAGAAAUAAAGAAGAUGUUGUACAAGCAAUGUCAAAAACCAGGCAAAAUGGAGGAGACCAAACCAAUACAUUCAAAGCAAUUGAGUAUGCCAGACGCAACGCUUUCUCAAAAGCAGCUGGUGGGCGGGCAACAGCCUCCAAAGUCAUGGUUGUUGUGACAGAUGGUGAAUCGCACGAUGGCUCAAGAUUGCAAGAAGUCAUAACUAAGUGCAAAGAGGACAAUAUCACUAGAUUUGGUAUUGCGGUAUUAGGACAUUUAAUUAGAACUGGAGCGGAUACUACAAAAUUAAUCGAAGAAAUCAAAGCAAUUGCUAGUGAUCCCAAAUUAAAGUAUUUCUUUAAUGUGUCUUCUGAAAAAGCACUCUUAGAAGAAGCAGGAACUCUGAGAGAACGAAUUUUCAGCAUAGAAGGCACUGCUCAAGGCGAGUCAUUCAGGCUGGAAAUGUCACAAGUGGGUUUCAGUGCUUCUUACUCACAGGAAAAGAAAGUUCUGUUGUUGGGUGCCGUUGGGGCAUAUGGAUGGAAUGGGACUGUGAUCCAGCAGACAGAAAAGCAAGAUAUCAUAUUUCCGUAUCAAUCAUUUCAAAAGGUUUUGCAAGAUGGAAAUCAGACGUCCUAUUUAGGUUAUUCAAUGGCUGUUCUCUCAAUGGAAAAUAUGGUCUAUUUUGUUGCUGGCGCUCCACGGUCCAACUACACUGGAAGAGUGGUGGUUUAUGAGGUUGAUGUCCAUGGCAACGUAACUAUUAUUCAUUCACAAAGAGGAGAGCAGAUUGGCUCCUACUUUGGCAGUGUAAUAUGUUCAGUGGAUAUUAAUAGAGACUCGGUAACAGAUGUGUUGUUGGUUGGUGCACCUAUGUUCAUGAAUGGCUUCAAAAAAGAAGAAGGAAAAGUCUACAUGUUUUCUGUAAGAAGGGGUAUUUUGGGCAAACAAGAACUUCUGGAGGGUCCUGAAGGGCUAGAAAAUGCUCGCUUUGGGUCUGCUAUCACAGCUGUCUCAGAUAUUGAUUUGGAUGGCUUUAACGAUGUGAUAGUGGGAUCGCCUUUAGAAAACCAGAAUGCUGGUGCUAUCUACAUUUACAAUGGCAAUCAGAGGACGAUACAGACCAAGUAUUCGCAGAGAAUUUCAGGAUCAGAUCCUGCAUUUGGCCAGCCACUCCAGUAUUUUGGAAGGACAAUAGAUGGCCGCAAUGAUUUGAACGGUGAUGGAAUAACUGAUGUAUCUGUGGGCUCUAACGGGAAGGUGAUUCAGUUUUGGUCUCAGGCUAUAGCAACUGUCUCAAUACAUGUCUCAUCAACACCUAAGAAGAUCAGCCUGCUAAACAAGAAUACAGAAGUUGUUCUCCAAGUAUGUUUCAGUGCAACCUUUAGACCUACCCAUCGGAAUAAUCAAGUGGAUAUCAUAUACAACCUUACAUUGGAUGCUGAUCUCUUGUCCUCUCGGGUGACCUCUAGAGGAGUAUUUAAAGAAAACAGUGAGAGAUCUCUUCAGAAUAGUAUCAGCGUGCACCCCAUGGACAAGUGUGUGGCGCAUGCUUUUAAUGUUCAGGAGCCUUCUGAUGCUGUUGACUCCCUUAGCAUUCGAGUUGAUAUUAAGCUCAGGAAUCCGAAUUCAAGUCCUGUUCUUGAUAUAACCUCUCCUGCAUCUGUUACUUACAGUGUACCAUUUGUUAAAGACUGUGGUGAAGAUGAAGUUUGCAAUACUGACCUUGAUCUUGAGGUUCAGCAGAAAAAUCAUGGUGAAGGACGCUUUAUCGUCAGCAGUAAGAACAAAAGAUUGAUAUUCGGUGUGAAAUUGAAAAACAACAAUGAAAAUGCAUACAAUACCAGGAUUCAGAUAGCUUUUUCUAAAAACUUGUUUUUUGCAUCGUCUGCUCCACCUGUGGAUGGAUCUGAAGUUUCAUGUCAGAUGACUGCGAUCACACAUUUUGUUGUCUGUCGAGUCAGCUAUCCUGUUUUUAAAAGAAGACAACAGGUAUCUUUCGAUGUUAUUUUUAACUUUAAUUUGAAAAGCCUGCAGAACCUGGCAGUUUUAAGUUUUCAUGCUGUGAGUGCAAGUAAUGAAGAAGAUGAGUCAAACAAUCUGGUCAACCUAACAGUUCCACUUCGUUAUGAUGCAGAACUUCACUUGACAAGGUUUACCAGUAUGAACUUAUAUGAAAUACACUCUGGUGUUAUUGUUCCUUCCAUGGUGAACAAUUUUGAUGAAAUUGGACCUCCAUUCAAUUUUUCUGUUAAGGUCACCAGAGGAAGUAUGCCAGUAAGCACAGCAUCUUUAAAGAUCCAUAUUCCAAAGCACAGUGCAGGAAACAAUCCGUUGAUGUAUGUGACUGCAGUGCACACCAGCCAGGGCAGUGAUAUCAGCUGUGAUGCACUGAUCAAUCCAUAUAAAAUAGGACAACAAGGCUAUGAAGUGUCCUUUAGGAAGGAAGACUUCAAAGCCCUGAAAGAACUGAACUGCAAGAAUGUCAAAUGUGAUACGAUUACAUGCAAGUUAAAAAAUAUGGCAUUGAAAGCCGAGUAUUAUGUUAACAUUUCUACCAGAAUAUGGAAUGGAACAUUUGCGGCUUCUGAUUUCCAGAGCAUACAGUUAUCUGCCAGUGCUGAAACUGCAAUACAUGAGUCAGCCCUAUUUGUGCCUGGAGAUAAUACUUUAUCAAUUCCAACCACAAUCACAAAGCCCACUGAGAAAUCAGAAGUGCCAGUUGGAAUUGUGAUAGGAAGUGUUCUGGCAGGUCUCCUUUUGCUGGUAGCUCUAGUGGCUGCUUUAUGGAAACUUGGUUUCUUCAAGCGAAAAUAUGAAAAAAUGGCAAAGGACAUGGAAGACAUGGACGAAAUUACAGAACUCACAAAAGACAGAGAAUGACUACUGCAGUGAUAACAACUUUUUGCACCUCGCCCCUGAGCCACAAGCAGUGCUUGCAAUCACACUGCUUCAAUUUUUCUGAGUGCCUUACAGAUUUUUUUUUCAAUGAAAAUGCCUAAUUGUAUAUUUUUACAGAUGUAAAUUUUAUAUGUACUGUUUGAUUUUAGCAGUAACUGCUGGUCGGUUUGGGGUUUUGUUUACAGGAGUUUAUACUGUUUUUCAUGUGUGUUUUUAUAUUUUGUUAAUACACUUUGAAGUGGCAAUACCAGAGGCAGUAAUAUUGAACUGGGCCAGAAAUAUUGCCUCCUUUAUACAAUCGACACUUUCAGUUUGUGGUCCAGAGUUCCAUGAGAAGCACAUGCGGCUUGCAUGCAUCCAGCUACACCCACAGCAGUGCAUGCUUCGCCCCCACCUCCCUGAACUGAAACCUGCCUCUGAAAUUCCUGGUUUAAACUAUAGCCUGUGAUCUACGCUAGACAAGGUGCCUCCUGGCAAGGGCUCCAAGCAGAAAUAGCCCAAGGCAGGGUGAAGCUAUUUUUCCUGGGGGCACCUGUGUGGUGGAUCAGCCAGGCAAGAAUCUGCAGAGGUUUGUGUGACACUGAGCCAGCCAAGAAAUCAAAAAGUUAUCUACGGAAUGAUGCAGGGAGUCGUCUAGUAUUCUGACUAGAGAUGGACCUAUCGCAGCACUCACUGUGCCAACAGGUUUAUACAGUGCAGCUGCCAGAAGCAAAUUCACUGGUGACUUGAGCGAGCGAUGGUGACCCACAGGCUAAGCAGAUGGCUUUACAACGUGCUGUGUGGGGCCAUGCCUGUAGGGUGACUGGAAUCUUCAUCUGCUGCUCACAGGCUGCUCAUCAAUACACAGGAUCAGGGCCGUUUACCUGUCCUGAAAGCCCUGUACUGGUUGCCACUUGCUUUCUGGGCUCAGAUCAGAGCAUCAGUUUUCACCUUUAAGUCCUUCGAUGGCUUGAGACCCGGCUAUCUAAAGGACUGCCUGUCUCAUUAGGUACCGGUACAGUUAUUCAGCGUUACAGGGGAGGCUCUCUUAAGGGUGCCAUUGCCUGCAAAGGCCAUUUGCUUUCUCCUGUGUCCCUUCUAAACCAGGGAGCAACCUCUGCAAGGACUGAUUUGGUCCCCAGUCUCUGGCCAUUUGGAAAGGGUGUGAAAUGACAUCUUAAUUCAGCCUUUUAAAUUAUUUAAUGUUUUGCUGUAUUCAACAUUCUUUUCUUCCUCCCUGCCCACUUUGGAGGCCAUUGGGAAGAAAAACAGGAGCAGGUGGGAAGAAAAUAUCCGUCUUCAUGAUCUACAUGCAACCCCUUGAAGAUGGUAGCUUAUUAGACCCUUAGAAUGAGGUGCAUGUAAACGACUGUGUCUUUCCUCUUUUCACUGGGUUCAGAUUUGUCAGAUCACCUGUAAGGAUACAAAUCAUCUUUCUGAUACCUUUCUUUCCUCCCUGCCCCACCCCCAGCCAUCUGAAAAAGCAUUAGACCCUUGGUUUCUGCUUUGUGGGAGAAAGGCAGGCUACAAGUAAAAUAAAUAAAUGGACAAGGGGGAUUCCCUAAAAACUGGGCAGAGAGAACUUCAGAGAACCUUCAGGUAUGGUAAGUAAAAUGCUGCGCUGGGAAUCUAGGAGAUCUGAGUUCUAGUCCUCAUGAAGUCACUGCAUGACUUCCAGCUCGAUCUACUUCACUGGGAAAAUUGUGAAGAUAACAAUUAAGUGUAAGCUGCCUUGGGUUUUGCACAAGAGGAAAAGAUGAGACAUACAUGCAAAAUAAUCAUCUUGGGAGCAGAGGUCUUCCUCCUGCAGAAGGCAGAUCCUUGAUCCAACCCAAUUAAAGUGGUUAAUUUCCUGUCAUUAAGAACACUGUUACUGCACUUUUCAGCUGGCAAAAUUCACAAUCCUGCUAUGGAUUUGAUGUAUGUAGCUUUGUAAGAUACAGACUGUUUUUCAUAUUUAAAAAUGCAUUUUAAUAUUAUGGGAUUCCAUAAAGCACUAUUUUAAGUGAUGUGAAGCAACUCUAAGAACCACCACAGAAUUGGUACUGAUAUUAAUGUAUAUUGCAACGGUGACACUACUCAAUUGUUAAUUAGGA